AUGCCCCCAGUAGUGUGCAAGUUUUGGCAGCAAGGCGCAUGCCGAUAUGGAGAUAGAUGCAGAUUUGAGCAUCCCCCACUCAAUCAAGGCAUCCCUAAUGGCAACCGCUUUGCUGUUCUUCAAAACCAAGACAACUCGAAUACUCGCUCUUCCAGUAGCUACCAAGGUGGAGCACGGAAUACCCCUUAUUCUCUCGACAAAGAUGCCAUAAUUGCAGACCUUUCUACAGAACGGCCCCAAUGGAUUCUAUCUGCAUACGGUCCUGGACGGCAGGCACCUGCACAACUGUUUGGUGGGCCAUUAAGGGAACAGAGUUUUGAAGAAAUGCGUCUUAUGCAUUAUAUGGCUCUGGCGUCGGGGAAUGCUCAGCAAGCUGUACAAGAGGCAGAUAAGUUAUUCCAGGCUUCGGAGCAACAGAUGCAAACCGCACUCAGCAAUGUUGAUGAGGCUAUAAAUUUUAUUAUCAGUGCGGAGAAGGAGCACCCCAAUAGGAUAGACAUUUGCCGCAUGUCCACUUCCGGGCAGGGGUCGACAUCAACUCCAUUCAGUCAACAAAGCAGUACGCCCACUACUCAAGCUUCAGGCGGGGGGAAUCCUUUUGGUGCCCCGAGCCAGCCAGCGGCCAGCUCGCCAUUUGGAACCUCUACAACGGCUUCAACUGGUGUAUUUGGACAGCCGUCAGGUCUAGGGCAGAGACCAAAUCCAUUCGGCGGAACUUCUCAAUCCUUUGGAACGCCUUCGCAACUUGGUGCAGCUGGGGCUUUCGGUCGUCCUUCUGUCUUGGGACAGAAACCAAAUCCUUUUGGAGCUCCAUCAGCUAGUCCAGCUUCAGGCAUUUCGAACACCGCGACAGCUCCGUUCUCAUCUUUUGCCGCAGCUCCAAACCCCUUCGCUCAGCCACAACAACAGCAAGGCACAAAUCCUUUUGGCGCACCAUCACAACCUGCCCAGCAAAACCCACUCAAUCAAACGGCUACCCAAAUCUCAAACCCUUUCGGCUCGGCCAACCCUCCGUCUCAACAACAAAAUCCAUUUGGCAAUCCAAGCUCAGCUCCGUUUGGAGCUCCGUCCUCUAUAUCGGAGAAUCCCUUCGGACAACCUAGCACUAGACCACCAACGAUAGGUGGGAAUCCUUUCGGCAGUGCGUCAACAUCGACGGUCAACCCUUUUGCACAAAGACCUCCUACGCAGGCCAGUACCUCAAAUCCAUUUGGUGCUACCCAGCCAUUUGCUGCUCCCAAUGCAAAUCCGUUCGGUAACCCUCCUGCCGCAAAUGCUUUUAAUGCGAACCAAGCUGUUGGCUCUUCACAGCCAUCCCUUAACGGCGCCGCAACGGUUGGGCAAAAUAGCUCAGAGAGUUAUAGUUCCAAGGGCGUUGACGGAAGAUUGAAGAUGUUCAAGGGUAGGCCAGUUGUGUACAAAAACGAUGAAGCGGGAUUUCGUGGCAAGGAUGGCAGUUGGCAGAAAAUCUGGUUUCCACAAGGUGCUCCAGCUCCUUAUAAAGAUACAGAAAUGGAGGUAUCGCAGUACGACGAGAGCAUAAAAACAGCAUAUAUGCAUCUUCAGCAGUCAGGUUCAUUUGAGGGAGGGGUUAUGCCCAUGAUGCCUCCCAGAAGGGAGUGGUGUUCGUUUGAUUUUUGA